AUGGCCAGGCGAACGGCGAGAGCGCCGCAUCGGCGACGCAGGCAGCGCCGAAGGCAAAGAAGGCAAAGAAGGCUGCUGCUGCCGCCACUGCACACAUCGCUGCCGGAGAAGCUGCUGGGCUCGCGCUUCCGCACGAUCAACGAGGCGCUGUACACGACGUCUGGCGCCGACGCGCUCGCCGAGACGACGCAGGAGGCGGAACGCAUGGCCGCGUACCACGCCGGCUUCCGCGCACAGACCAAGAGCUGGCCGCUCGUGCCUGUGCAGGCCAUCGCACGCAUCUUGCUCUCUUCAGCGAGUGGCGCACAAGGAGGCAGAGGCAUGAGCGCGCAGCAGCCACUAGUGCUCGAUCUUGGUGCCGGAGAGGCACCGCUUGCGCGCAUCCUGGCUCGCGAGGAGCCGGCGCGCUGGAAGGUGCUCUCCUUCGACCUCGACAACUCGGCCGACGGCUGGGUGCGCCGCGUCAAUUGCGCCGGCGAGCUGCCGUUGCCAGGAGUGUCGCCGUGGCAGGACGAGACGCCGGCGCUGGAGAUGCAGAUCGUCGACGUCGUUGUCUUCUGCUUGGCGCUGAUGGGCACCGACUGGGUGCGCAUGAUCAGCGAGGCGCAGCGCGUGCUGCGGACAGGCGGCGACCUGCUCAUCAGCGAGGUGUCUUCGCGUCACGACUCAAUAGACGCCUUCGUCGAGGUCAUCUGCGCGCUGGGCUUCGAGAACCUCACGCAGGACUCGAGCAACACGCACUUCUCGCUCUUCCACUUCCGCAAGACUGCGCUCGACCGCGGCCGUGUCGCCCGCCUUGUCGCGGGCGACGAUGAGGGAGAGGCGCAGCUGGAGUCGCUCAUCGCCAUGGGCCCACAAGUGCUCAAGCCAUGUCUGUACAAGCGGCGCUGA